AUGCGACCCGCGUUUCCCGACCACGCCGUCCGCCACGACGACGGCAUCUACGGCCACUUCACCAAGCACUACCUGAGCCGCCACGGGUACUGCGACCGCGACCACGAGCAGGUCUUCGUGGUGGUGACCGUCUCCCAGGAGCUGAUGGACCGGCACGACUGGGCCUUCUACGAGGAGCAGCUGCGGCUCGAGAUCGAGGGCGAGCGGAUCAGCAAGCCCACCGCCGAGGCCGUCUUCGGCAAGAUCCAAUGCGCGGGCGUCGCGCGCCACUACAAGGAGUGCGUCGGCGCCGAGCGCGUCACGGGGCCCGACAUCCUCGCCGUCGAGAUCGGCGGCCGCGUCGAGCACAGCACCUCCCACGACUUUUGGCUGCUCCAGGAGUGGUAUGAGAACACGCUCAUGCCGUACUGGGGCCAUCCGCCGCUCGCGGUGCCCGUGGAGGGCGAGGCGUAUUGGCCGUUUUUGCGGUUUGGGUGGUGGUAG